GUCAAGGCGUGUGGGGCCCUCGGAGCCUACUGCUCCUCCGUCAUCACCGCCGUCACCGCCCAAAACACCGUCGGCGUUCAGGGGGUUCAUCCUGUGCCGGAGGAGUUCGUGAAGGAGCAGCUAAGAUCGGUUCUUUCUGAUAUGAAUGUGGAUGUGGUGAAGACUGGGAUGAUUCCUUCCGUUGGCAUAGUCAAAGUGUUAUGUAAUAGUCUCAGAGAGUUCCCUGUACGAGCUUUAGUGGUUGAUCCAGUGAUGGUGUCGACUAGUGGGGAUGUGCUUUCCGCUCCUUCUACCCUUGCUGAAUACAGGGAUGAGCUUCUUCCAAUGGCGGAUAUAGUAACUCCGAAUCUGAAGGAAGCAUCGGCCUUACUUGGGGGAAUAUCAUUGGAGACAGUAGGUGACAUGUGCUCUGCAGCAAAAGCAAUACAUAGUUUUGGUCCCAGAAAUGUGCUUGUAAAGGGAGGAGAUCUUCCAGAUUCAUCAGAUGCCAUUGAUGUAUUAUUUGAUGGAGAACAAUGUCAUGAACUUCGAGGGUCACGUAUUAUUACUCGCAACACACAUGGAACUGGUUGUACUCUGGCUUCGUGCAUAGCAGCAGAACUAGCAAAAGGUUCUUCGAUCCUACAAGCUGUUUGGGUAGCUAAGAUGUUCGUGGAGAGCGCUCUUAAUUACAGUAAAGAUAUUGUAAUUGGAAACGGACCUCAAGGACCCUUUGAUCACUUAUUCAGACUCAAGAGUCGUGCGUAUAAUGCUGGCCAAACAUCACGGUUUAAUGCUGAUGAUUUGUUAUUGUAUGCGGUCACAGACUCUCGAAUGAAUAAAAAGUGGGGCCGCUCCAUUACUGAAGCUGUCAGAGCUUGCAUAGAAGGAGGCGCCACCAUUGUUCAACUGAGAGAAAAAGAGGCCAAUACUCGUGAAUUUGUAGAAUCAGCCGAGGCGUGUCUACAAAUAUGCCGGUCUCAUGGUGUUCCUUUACUGAUCAACGACAGAGUUGAUGUCGCUCUCGCUUGUGACGCCGAUGGCGUCCAUGUCGGCCAAUCCGACAUGCCAGCAAGCAAAGCUCGCGAGCUCUUGGGCCCACGAAAAAUCGUUGGUGUUUCCUGCAAAACCCCCGCACAGGCUGAGCAAGCUUGGGUCGAUGGUGCUGAUUAUAUCGGUUGUGGUGGUGUUUUCCCGACGAACACGAAGGAGAAUAACCCCACUUUGGGUUUUGAUGGGCUUAAGACCGUUUGCUUGGCUUCGAAGCUGCCGGUGGUUGCGAUUGGAGGCAUAAAUGCUGGGAAUGCGAGGUCUGUGAUGGAGAUUGGGGUGAGGAAUUUGAAAGGUGUUGCUGUUGUUUCUGCUCUUUUUGAUAGAGACUGUGUUGGUACUGAGACCCAGAGGCUGAGGUCGGUGUUGGUGGAUGUCAGUGUUACAAGGUGUUGAUAUUUAUCUGUAGUUUUCUGUAGGGAAACGGAUUUUGUAUUUUUGGGUUAUUUUUAUGUUAAAGAAUGGCAAUUUAUGGCUGCGCUGAUUUCUUACAGGAAAUAAAUAAUUAUAAUAUA